AUGGCCAACCGAACGGUGGCGUCUGAGGAUACAUGGCUGCAGGAGCAGGUCUCGAAAUUUGAGAAAGCUUGUGUGGCUCGCAGUGAUCAGGGGCAUUCCAGCGUAUGUCAUUACACGGACGGCCUCCUCGCGGGCUUCAGCGGUUCGUCAAUGCAAGAGAAGAUGCUGAAUGUCGUCCAGAGUUUUGGCUUCAGCUCCACGGACGUCGAUUGCAAAUACCAACAGCUUGGCCCCCACGUCUUCGGAUAUGUCUUAGUGGUCAAGGCCGACUGGGGUAGUCUUCGCCCUGCUGCCGGAGGCGAGCAGAAAGGCCCCGCUCAGGGAGGGCACAUCCAGAUCUGCGCUCUCUGUCAGGAAGCUCGGCCAGUCGUUGUGCUAUCUCCCUGUGGCCAUGUGAUGUGCCACACCUGUGAGCAGCAGCGCCCCAAUCGACCUCAAUGCCCGUUCUGCCGCCAGCAGGUGAAUUCUGUGACACAAGGCCUCUUCCUCAAUUGA